AUGCGCCUCCCUUGCGACGUGCUGGUAAUGAAUCGCCUGCUGCCCUCAGCGGGGAUGCGGGGCCCGGGACGCGCUGUCAGGGCUCUGCUCGCCCUGGGGAAGCCAACCGGAGGAGACGGAGGCGUCUGGCUUCUGGUCAGCACUGCCCGCCACCGCCCUGGAGCCAAAUACCAGUUGAGAGAGAACAUAGACCAGCUUUUUACCAAGUUCGUGGAUGAAGGAAAAGCUACUGUACGGCUAAAAGAACCAGCUGUGGAUAUUUGUCUCAGCAAGGCAAAUGUCAGUCAACUGAGGACUUUCCUUUGUGCAGUGAAAUUAGCUCAUCAAGGCACCAAAGAGGAAACUUUACCACUUUCUAAGCUGAUAUCACCAAAGGCCUCUGAAGUUGAAAAACCAAAAACCAAGAUGACCAUAACAUCAAAAAAGGAUUAUCCUUUAACUCGGAAUUUCCCAUACUCUCUGGAGUAUCUCCAAGCCUCCUAUUGCAAAUUAGCUCGUCUAGACAUGCGUAUGCUUUGCCUAAGAAGCCUUCGAAAACUGGACUUGAGCCACAAUAGUAUUAAACAGCUCCCAGCAACUAUUGGGGACCUUGUUUGCCUUCAGGAGCUCAAUCUACAGGACAAUCACUUGGAGUCAUUCAAUGUGGCUCUAUGCAAAUCCACUCUCAAAAAAUCACUUCAGUCUCUGGAUCUCAGCCAGAAUAAAAUCAAAGCGCUGCCUGCACAGUUUUGCUACUUGCAGAAACUCAUACAUUUGAAGUUAGAUGAUAAUAAUCUGAUUAGAUUGCCAUUCAAGAUUGGUCAGUUGUCGCAUCUCCGCUUCUUGUCUGUGGCUCGUAAUAAACUCCCAUUUUUGCCCAGUGAAUUUGCUAAACUCUCACUUGAGAGCCUGGAUUUAUUUGGCAAUCCUUUUGAGCAGCCGAAGCCACUUGUUCCUGAUAUACACUUACAAAUACCACUGACUUUACUAGAAUAUUCUGCAAGGACAAUCAUCAAUUACAGGAUCCCACGCGAUUGCCACAUUCUUCCUUAUCACCUUUGUGAUGAUCUUGACAUGUCAAAAACUUGUCAGUGUGGACGGGCUUGCUUGACCUGCUUCAUUCAAACAACAGUGACUAUGAAUCUGCACAGUGUGGCACACACAGUUGUUCUUGUGGAUAAUAUGGGAGGCACCGAGGCCCCCAUUCUUUGCUAUUUCUGCUCUCUCACAUGCUAUUCUCAGUUUCUGGACAGACAUCUGCAAAGUGUGAGGUGAUCAGGUUAUAUAAUCUGACAAGUUUUAUUCAGCAAAUGCUAAAUUCUGUUUUGUACUGGAAGAAAAGGAAACAAUAUGCUGGAACAAGGCUCCUCAUCUGUAAACCAUCUUUUUUAUUAUCUGAAAGCUGCUUAAAGUGUUUAAACACUUUAAGUGUUAGAUAUUAUCUCUGAUUCCAGGUGCAAGUUCCUUCCUAACUCCUGUUUAAUGCUGUGAAUGGUAUAGCCAGAGCUCUCAACUAGGGAAAAAAUCCUUUUCUACUCUUAUUUUAGUAUUAUUUUUAUAAAAUCAUUAGUAAUUUUAUUCUGGGUAAACAGUUAUUUCAGAGAAGCUGUAAAACAUGCAGUCUUUUGAAUGCAGAAUUUGCAAUCAUUUUUGAAAAAUUCUUAAAUUUAUAAACUAUUCUUUGAAAAGGAGAAGCACUGAAUUGAUGACAAUAUUUGGUAUUCAUUUUUAAAAAUAAAUGCACUUUGUGCAAUCUAUAUAUGCCUAUCAAAGGAAAGUUUGUAACAUCAGUGUACCCAAUCAUAUUUACAAACACUUUGAUUCAAAAGGAUAGUAUUUUUAAAGCUGUUUACUAUAAAGAUCACUUUACAUACUAGUUUGUAUGCAAUAAUUUAU